UCAGAAAAAUGUUGUUCAUGUAGACGUUUUGUGCCAUCAACAGCUGGAUAUUGCAGAUGACAAAUAUUAUGAGUGUGGGGUAUCUGAUGUAAAGAUGGAUUGAAUUGGAGAGAAUUCUGUUGGAUUAUUUAUAUGGUAACAAUGGCAGAAAGUCUCAGUAUAAGCGAGGAGCAGGUAGCUGAACUAAAACAAGCGUUUAAUGAGUUUGAUGUUGAUGGUGGUGGAACUAUAAACACGAGAGAGCUGGGUUAUGCUAUGAGAGCAAUGGGGAUGAACCCAACAGAAGCAGAAUUACUUGAUCUCAUUAAAAAUCUUUAGUAUGAUACUGAUGGUUCUGGACAGAUAGAGUUUCCUGAAUUCUGUAAUAUGAUGUCCCACAAGAUGGGAACUGUAAAUGACGAGGAUAUGAUCAGAAUGGCAUUCCGUGUACUGGAUCGAGAUGGUAGUGGUACAAUUAAAUCUACUGCUUUUAAACAUCUCAUGACGCAUAUAGGGGACAAAUUGUCGGAGGAGGAGGUGGACAUGUUGAUUCAGGAGGCAGACAAGGACGGAGACGGAGUCCUAAACUACGAGGAGUUUGUUCGUAUGCUCACAUCUGACUGACCCCCCCCCCCUUCACCCCUGGUUCAAUUCUUCAAACAAUGCAAAAUAUUCCAAAC